AUGGACUUUGCUGUAAAGGAGAUCAAUGAAAACCCCAAAAUCUUACCCAACAUCACUCUGGGCUUUGAAAUCUACAACAGCUAUUUCGAUCCAAGUAGGACCUAUCUGGCCUCAAUGAAACUUCUCUCCACUCAGGGCAGAUUCAUCCCCAACUACAAGUCUGGUGCCCAGAACCAUCCAGUCUCAGUCAUCAUAGGACCAAACUGGCACGUCUGUCUCUAUGCGGCACCCAUUCUUUACGUUUACAAGAUCCCACAGAUUUCAUAUGGCUCUGCACCAAACAGGAACAGCAAAAAACAAUCGGUUUUCUUUCACCAUACAUUCCCAAAUCAGGCCGAUCAAAAUAUGGGGAUUCUCCACAUGCUGCUGUAUUUCAGGUGGACAUGGAUCGGAGUGAUUUCUCUGAGUGAUGAGAAUGGGGAAAGCUUUUUACAGGACAUGGUUCCUGUGCUAUCCCAGAAUGGUAUCUGCAUUGACUUCAUAAAAAUGAUGCCAGCAAUAGCAUUUUCUACUGAACUUUUUCAAAAAAUGUCUGUGGGGAUUCAAAUGUUCAAAUUUGUCAUGGGAAGCACUGCCAAAGCGCUGGUCUUAUAUGGUGAAAUUGAGACCAUGGCACUUUUAAGAUGGUUCUUCCAACUCCCAGAAAUGGUGGGUGAUCCAGUUAAGGCAACAGCUAAAAUCUGGAUUAUGUCAGCUCAGAUGGACUUCACUUCCGUACCCUUUCAAAGAGAUUGGGACUUCAGUUUUCUGCAUGGGUCCAUAUCCUUGGCAAGUCACUCAGUGGAACUCUCAGGAUUCCAGAAAUUUCUUCAGGAGAAAAAUCUUAACUCUGAAAAAGAAGAUGGCUUCAUCAGGGACUUCUGGCAGCAGGCGUUUCUCUGUUCACUCUUUGACUCUACAGUAGAGGAGAAAUAUGGAGAAAUAUGCACUGGAGAGGAGAAGUUGGAGGCUCUUCCUGGAUCUGUUUUUGAAACAACCACAACUGCCAACAGCUAUAGCAUCUAUAAUGGUCUCCACCACUUUCUGAGAAGUGUUUCCUUCAACAACAGCGCCGGGGAAAGCAUUUCCUUUGACCAAAAUGGGGAAAUAGUAACUGAAUUUGAUAUUAUCAACUGGGUCACAUUCACAAACCAGUCUUUUCUUAGAGUCAAAGUUGGAAAGAUAGACUCCAAGGCUCCCCCAGACAAAAUGAUCACCAUUCAUGACAGCACCAUUGUAUGGCCUACUAUGUUCAAUCAGGUGCAGCCUCUUUCAGUUUGCAAUGAGAAUUGCCCUGCUGGUUACAGCAAGAGAAAGAAGGAGGGAAAACCCUUUUGCUGUUAUGAUUGCUUUGCAUGUCCACCAGGGAAGAUUUCAAAUGAAAAAGAUAUGAUUGAAUGUUCUCAGUGUCCUGACGGACAGUAUCCCAACAAAGACCAGACCUUAUGCCUGCCCAAAGAUAUAAGCUUUUUGUCUUAUGGAGAACCUUUGGGGAUCAGCUUGGCCACUGUUGCACUUUCCUUCUCUUUCAUCACAGCUUUGGUGCUCGGGAUCUUCAUCAAACACCGGGACACACCCAUAGUCAAAGCCAACAACCGGGACCUCACCUACACACUCCUCAUCUCCCUCCUGCUCUCCUUCCUUGGUGCUUUGCUGUUCAUUGGCCAGCCUGAGAAGUGGACCUGUCUCCUUCGACAAACGGCUUUUGGCAUCAUCUUCUCAGUGGCUGUUUCUUGUGUAUUAGCCAAAACUGUGAUUGUGGUUCUGGCUUUCAUAGCCACAAAGCCAGGAUCCAGAAUAAGGAGAUGGGUAGGGAAAAAGAUGUCCAGUUCUAUUGUCCUUUCAUGUUCCCUUCUACAAGCUACUAUCUGUAUUGUGUGGUUGGUAACAUCUCCCCCCUUCCCAGCUUUUGACAUGAACUCAAUGACUGAUAAAAUUCUUAUUGAGUGUAACGAAGGGUCAGUCACCAUGUUUUAUUGUGUCCUGAGCGUUCUGGGCUUCCUGGCCACUAUCUGCUUCACUGUGGCUUUCUUCGCCAGGAAGUUACCCGACAGUUUCAAUGAAGCCAAGUUCAUCACCUUCAGCAUGUUGGUCUUUUGCAGUGUGUGGGUCUCAUUCGUUCCCACCUACUUGAGCACCAAGGGCAAAUCCAUGGUGGCCGUGGAGAUCUUCUCCAUCUUGGCCUCCAGUGCUGGAUUACUGGGCUGCAUCUUUUCCCCAAAAUGCUACAUCAUUUUGCUAAGACCUGAGCUGAACAGAAGAGGACAUCUAAUAAAAACAAAGAAUUAA